GGCUAACGGUUUUCAGCCCAAAAAUUUGAGACGCCAACGCGAAACGAGAGCGCACGUAUACUUACGCGUCUGUCCCCCUGGCUCUCUCGCGAGAGGGAUGCUCGACGAGCACCGUCGCGGCGAGACCGUGUUGUGACUUGUGAGCUGUGAGCGCGCGAUGCCUCGAGCGACCGACGCCGCCGGAUCGUUGUUGCACGCGUCACGGUGAUCCAGUUCCUGGGACAUGUGCCUCGCGGACGGCGCGCUCCGUGAGGUGGUCGGUAUUCGUCGAUAACGGACGAUCUUUCACUAGCGUGCGGCGUGCCACGAACGAAAGGAUGGCCAGCCGGGAUCCGUCGGUCUCCUCCAAGAUCGCGGACGACCACAGCGUCGAGACAUUGGCGGAGGUUUUCCGAUGUUUCAUUUGCAUGGAAAAGCUGAGAGAUGCGCAUCUCUGUCCUCACUGCAGCAAAUUGUGCUGUUAUACCUGUAUUAGAAGGUGGCUCACGGAGCAGCGUUCUCAGUGCCCUCAUUGUCGGGCCUCUCUCCACUUACACGAACUGGUAAAUUGUCGUUGGGUCGAGGAAGUGACCCAGCAGCUUGAUACGUUGCAAGCUGUUUGUAUAUCUAACUUUCGACAUGAUGAUUCCAGCAGAGACAGAUGCGCGGCGCAUCAGGAAAAAUUAUCUGUGUACUGCUGGACCUGUCGCAAAUGCAUUUGUCAUCAGUGCGCCCUUUGGGGAGGCACCCACUCGGGACACACCUUUAAACCUUUGGAAGAUGUUUACGAGCAACAUGUUUCACAGAUAAAAACAGAAGUAGGUCAGUUAAAUAGACGGCUCGUGGAAUUGAUCAGUCUUGUGCAAGAAGUGGAGAGAAACGUUGAGUCAGUGAGAGCCGCAAAGGACGAGAGGGUCAGAGAGAUAAGAAACGCGAUAGAAUUAAUGAUAGCUCGUCUGGAUUCGCAGUUGAAAGCCAAACUGCUGACCCUGAUGGGUCAGAAGAAUUCGUUGACUUUAGAAACCGAGCAAUUGGAGGCUUUAUUACAAGAGGUGGAAUAUCAGUUGCAUACGUGUACGCGCUCCGAAUUGAUUGUUAAAAGUGCCGAGCUUUCUCGCAAGAUACAUCAAGUUCGCAAGAAACCAAUGACGAGUUUCGUUACUGCACCAGUACCUGCAGAUUUUCAUAGUGAAAUCGUGCCGGGCUACGACAGCGCGACAUUUGCUAUGCAAAACUUUACUCAGCUUCAACUGAAAGCCGAUCCGGUAUAUUCUGCGCCGUUGCAUGUGAACGGGCUGUGCUGGCGAUUGAAAGUAUAUCCGGAUGGCAAUGGAGUUGUACGCGGAAAUUAUUUAUCAGUAUUUUUAGAGCUCAGCGCUGGAUUGCCAGAGACUUCAAAGUAUGAAUACAGAGUUGAAAUGAUCCAUCAAGGCUCUCGUGAUACGAGUAAAAAUAUCGUUCGUGAAUUUGCAUCCGAUUUCGAGAUUGGCGAAUGUUGGGGAUACAACAGAUUCUUUCGAUUAGACUUACUCGCAACGGAAGGUUACUUAAAUACAGACUUGGAUACCCUUAUAUUGAGAUUUCAAGUACGACCACCGACAUUUUAUCAACGCUGUAGAGACCAGCAGUGGUACAUUAGCCAGUUAUUGACAGUCCAAAAUCAAUAUAUCACUCAGAUCAACGAAUUGAAGGAGAGACUAGCGAUAGAAAUUUCUCGUAAUGCCAUGGCGGCUACCAGAGCUACUAGUGGAACUACGAUGUGCGGAGCAACUGUAAAUGGAUCGUCAUUAUCUACGCAGCAACAGCAGCAGCAACAGGAUGUAGCCGAUCCAAUGACCAAUUCAAGUACGACACGAACAAUUGAUGCGUAUCCCACUACGAAUGGGACACCAGUGAGAUCGAUCCCGAGUACGCUUCCUAGUGGUAAUGGCAAUUCGACGAUACUAAACGAUCAAUUGAUAUCGAUGUGCAAUCUGGGCGAACUCUCGGGUACGCAUACCCUCGGCUCGACGUUGUCGAAGACGCCGUUGAAGACACACCGUGCCAACAGCAAUCUGAACAUUAUCGAGGCUGAGAAUACUUCAUCGCCACGCCGCGCCAACGACAUGUCGUUCGGGGACUGUCAAGCCGCGGGUAUUCACCUAGUUUCCUCGUCGUCGCCUUAUUCAUCGCCCAAUGUACUCGGUCAGCAGCCGCUGAAUCUACUAUCCAAAAAUAGCGCCAGUGAUCCUCUGCUGUCUGCAUCGGCAUUAUCGUCGAUGACAAGUAACGCGCAUCGAGUCAACGGUUCAAGCGUCGCGGAGAGCGAAGCCGCGCAACGUUGCGCCAAUAAUGCGUCGCCAGGAGAGUGCCAGGCUGCCAAUACUGGCGUCCACUCCUCGUCAUCAUUUUACUUGUCCCCGACGUUGAAUCUCUCGUCCAGUAGUAGCAGCAGCAGCAGCGACAGUGGCGAAUUAAGCGAACAUGAUAUUUUUAUGGACGAAUGCGAACACAAUGAACCCAACAUCACGCUUUUGGAUAUGACAAACGACGAAAAUGAUGUAGAUGACGAGACGAUGUCAGGGGAGAACGAUGUUGAAGUUGCGGAAUCUCUUGCAUCAUGGAUUCAAAACAAGCAGCGUACAAAGCAACAAAACAAUAGGGAUACCGUUACAGAUACAUGCAGAUUGAGGGAAAUAAUGCUGCUGCACUUGUUCGAGAUGCAGGAUAGAAAUUCCGUAUGGAACUCUUUAUGCCUUGGUCAACAAGCGGACGAGAGUUGCGAUUCCAGGAGCUCGCUCACGAGUCUACGGCGUCACAGUUCCAGUCCGUUGCACUGCAACGCUCCAAUGCAAUCUAACGCGACGGCGGUAUAUUCGCACAAGCACCCUGAACUCGACACUGCCGCUUGCAAUGAUUUAAAUUUAAGUACUGACAACAAGCAUCCUAGUUGCGCCUCUUAUCAUUCCCAGCGGCAGGCGAUUUGCAGCACUAUGUCCAAAAUGUCCAAAUUGAACCUACUGCCGAGCAUCUGCCAAUCGGAGUUAGCUGCGACAAUGGCUUCUGGCAGUCAAAUAACCAGGUCCGAACCAGCGACGCGUUCCAAUUCAAUAGACUGCGAAAACGAUAUCCCGAAGCUGCCAAUAGCUAAUAAAAUCAGUCACGAUGUGGAGUCGUCUAGAUUGCGUUUAGAUCUAAUAGUCCCAAACGUACUCCUAGACAGUAAUAAAAUCAUGUCAAAGCAUUUAUUGUCUCGGCGCCAAUCGUCUCCGAGCUCAUCCACUAAUUUGAAUUUAAUAAAUGACAAUAGCAAGAUAUUCGAGUUUGACCAAUUAUUCGAAGCCAUUCAAUUGUCGCCGGGUUCGCAAAAAGAUGUGACUGCUUGUGGUGCAAAAUCAAGGAAGAAUGCUUCGUCCGAUACAAAGAAUAACACUUGCACUGCCAGUGGAAGUUCCGUUGCACUCUCUUUGGCGCAAGAGAGUACGUCAUCGUCUACAAACACUGCGAUAACAGAGAACACUGUACCUAGUCCUAACAGUUACAGCUGGUCACCGGCAUUAUAUCAGCACACACAUGGACAAAAAGCUGUUUUAGAUAUAGCUGUACAAGGUUCUUCGAAUAAUACUCCUAAGACUAUUGAUAAGUCCCCGGAGGAAGCCGCCAGUUUGCCGUAAUAAUUUAUAACUUAACUGUAACAUAGCAGAUGUUCUGUGAUUUCCAUUUCAAAUGCUAAUCAUAAUCACGAAGUUAAAAAAGAAAGGAAUAAUUAUUCCGUCAAACAGGAUUAUGGGGAUGCAUGUACCAUUUGUAUUAUACAUUUGACUCUUCUUGUUUCCCGAAAAUCAACAAGAUAUCUCUCUCAGAUCUGUCAUGCAUUACGUAGUACAAAAUAUAACAGCACACACUCUCGCUCUAUUUUCAGCUGCUGCUUAUAAUUGCGUAUGCGAAAUUUAUUAUCUUUAAAAUUGCAUUCCAAGAAUGUUGUAGGCUAGAUGUUUCAUUAGAAUAUAUUAUUUAAUAUUAUUUAUUUCCCAUAUGUGUAAGUUACACGUCCGGAGAGAACAAUAAAUAAAGAUUAGUAAUAAA